AUGGCGACUGCUGUGGCCUUGGGUCGUCUGGCAACUUGUCGGAUCUGCCUGGUUUAUCGUGCCAUUCAUCUACCAGGUAGAUCAAUAAUGCGAAACAAGACGACGGUUGCUGCAACUGAAACUGUAAAACCAAUAUCCAGUAAAUUAGUCAGCCAACGAGAUAAACCGAAGAAAAAGAAUAAACCUAAAGUAGAGACAGAUUCACAUAAAAACCCAGAAUAUAUUUUCAGUCAUGCUAAAGACAGUGAAGUUAGAAAAGGAUCAUUAAAGUAUUAUCAGUCGCUUCUCAAGAAAGGCUACAUAGAAGAGGAUACUUUACAGAAAAAUAUAAUUGAACAUCUUCAGAAAUUACAGACAAGGUUAGAUGGAUAUAACCCAGCCGUCCAGUCCGGGUUGUUUGCAAAGCUAUUUGGUAGUACAGCAAAACCAGCUCCUAAAGGUCUGUAUUUGUAUGGCAGUGUUGGCGGCAAGACAAUGGUCAUGGAUCUCUUCUAUAGAUGCUGUGUAGAUAUCAAACAGAAAAGAAGAACUCAUUUUAAUGCAUUUAUGUUGGAUGUACAUGCCAGAAUGCAUGAGCUAAAGAAACUGCAACCCAAAGUACUGCCAAGUGCGAAACCUAAGCCAUAUGAUCCUAUUGCCCCGGUUGCUUAUGAUAUCGGCAAGGAGUCCUGGCUUAUAUGUUUUGAUGAAUUCCAGGUUACAGACAUAGCUGAUGCAAUGAUUUUAAAGAGAUUAUUUACAGAACUUUUCAACCAGGGUGUAGUUGUUGUAGCUACCUCAAAUAGGCAUCCUGAUGACCUUUAUAAAAAUGGACUCCAGAGAAGUAAUUUUAUUCCAUUUAUUCAAGUACUAAAGGAUCACUGUGAAAUAAGAGCAAUAGACCAUGGCCAUGAUUACAGACAAACAGGACUUCCGACGGAUGGUGAUGUGUACUUUAUUAAAAGUCAGUGUGAUGCAGACGCUGAAUUAGAUGAAGUUUUUGAAGAAUUAGCAAAACGGGAAGAUGCAGUUGUUGAGACACGGACAUUACAUCUACUAGGAAGAACGAUAAAUGUACCACUGUGUUGUGGAGGUGUUGCUGAUUUCACAUUUGAUGAUCUUUGUCUUCAGCCACGAAGUGCAGCAGAUUAUAUUAAACUCUGUAAGGAAUUCCACACCAUUAUCAUCCGAAACAUUCCUCAGAUGUCCUUGGAUCAGAAAGUAGCUGCUAGAAGGUUUAUCACAUUAAUUGAUAAUUUCUAUGACAACAAGGUAAAAUAA